AUGGCGAGCGUCUCAACAACAUCCGCCAACAUGGACGGUCAGGCUAUCUCUCGCAAGCCGUCCAAGCUCGUUGCUCGCUCCAACACUCUUCAUCGUCCACCGCAUCAUCACAGCGGAUCGGGCGCGGGACUUUGGCUUGCCAACAGCGCAAGCGCCAGCCCCGAUGCAUCAUUUGCUGCCCAAGCGCCAACCUCGCACCUCGAGAACACAUCUCAAAUCAUCGAUAGUCAGCAAAUCUCUAGUCCUCAGCAUGGCAAAAAGGUCUAUCACUUUUCGGCAGAGCUUGCACGCGCUUCGUUUGGCGGAGGACCUCUGGCUCUGAGCGGUGGCUUGACAGACCAUGAUCCCAUCUACAUAGACACUUCAGACGAUGGAGAUGUCGAUUUGGACCUGUCGUUCGACUAUGUCUCCCGCUUCGACCGCUCUACCUCACCUUCAGACCAACCAGACUCCAGUGGAAGUGCGUUCGAUUCUUCUCAAGAGCGUGACGUGCAACCUCCUCGGAACAGUCACGAUUCUCCUGACGAAACAUCCGAUCCAUUGACAGAUACUGCAGAAGUCUGGCCCAAGACGCCAGUCAAGCUUGGUCUUGCAAACAGCUCAUCUCCUUCCGACUUGCUGUCAUCCAUGACAGAGCCAGAUGCGUCUCCUUCGCCCAACAGUAAGGAGAUACGCAGCAUGCGAGCAAAUGCGGACUGGGAAAAGAGGAGGAAACCGCCACCUGCACCGCUCGACUUGACGCCCCGAUCGGAAUCUAAACAAAAGCAUCAGCAGGCAAAACAGAAUCUUCGAAUUCGCGCUGUUACCGAGUCUAGAGCCACACAAGAGCCGACAUUACUGUCAACUAGCACGCUGACGCCAGGCUCGAGUAUCGAUCUGCCACCCACUAGUCAAGAGCUUGUUGGUAAAAGCAUCUUUUCUCCUAUCACGCCAGCAACUGGAUCAGUACCUUUUUUCAGCGACUUUGACAGCUCUUCCCACGCUUCGGAUCAGCCGCUCCCAUUAACACCACUCAGUGCAACAAGGAGAGGGGCUGCUGUUAACCAUGUUUCACAUCAUCCCUUGGAUGAUCUCACAGUCUCGACAGUCUCUCCCGGCGCAAACCCUCUUCCGGCUGCAAUCCGAAGAGUAGCGUCCACAUCGGCAGCUCACGCCAUGCCCAUGCUCGAACCCAGUUCGCAAGCACUCCGCCGCACUCCCACGGAUUCGGCACAUUCUCCGCACUACGCUUCGAGUGCUACACCAGUGCAAACGCGUCGUGCACGAUCUCACUCGAUUCGGUCUUUCCGAGCUUCUGCGUCACUCGCCUCUCUCGGACCUCCGCCGUUCCCACCUCCCAACGAGCCGCUUCCUUCGCCUACAAUCAGCCCUUCUUUCAAACAAGAGCACUCUGUUUCUUCAACCUCGGCCUUUCGCACCGCCAACGAUGACCAUUCGACACUUACCAAAGCUGGGCGCACUCGUCCGUCUGCCUCGUCGAUCGAUUACAGCGAAGCCGCUCGCUCUCUCAGGUCAAGAACGACACAGACGGGUCGAAGCAGCUUGGACAGCUUCCGCACAGCCAUGUCAGACGGGAUGGCCAUUGCUCACAGUAAUCACAGCAUCCAUACGAAUCGCCAAUGGGCUUCUGAAGACUGGCUGCCACCCCCUCCGCUACCACCACUUCAGCGAUACGAAGCGUUGUUUCCGAGUCACACUCAUUGGGAUCCCGCACCGACGUCAAGUCUCACCUCGAACGGCUCACUAGGAGCCAGCGGCGUGAUCACAUCCUCAACACAGACCUCGGUACCCAUGGCAAUCAGCAGCACCCUCGGCUCGACAGCAUCAACGGCAAUGACGUACAGCAUGUCGAAUCGAUCCACUCCUUCGACACAUUAUACUCCACUAACCCCUUUCACGCCAGCCUUUUCGGACGUCAUGCCUGGUACUGCUACCAGCUCCAAAACGCAGUUCACUGCUAUCACGAGGCCAUCCAUCUCUAGCGAGCUUCCUUCGGCCAGUGAUGCGCACUUCAAAAUGCCUCCUACAGGCAUGUCUUCCCUCGGUGGCGCGGCCGCGACGCUGAAAGAGUCAUCGACCCAGGAAGAAGAAGGCCGAGGAAAUCGCAACACGGAACAGUGGAUCCUGACUCAACGCCAGCGGAAGGCACUCCUCCAACACGAAGAGCUUGCGUCGCACCAGCGACUGCUAGAGACCGUUCAGGGAGCAGCGCGUCUGUCCAUUCGAGCGGAUGAGCGUGCGAGCCAAGUCGUGCCAUCGGUUGGCCUGUCUGCUGAGUAUCGAGAUGCCGAGACCGAAGGUAGAUCUCGGCAGGACUCGCGAAGUACAGAAACCACCGAUGACGAUCACGCCAAAGUGCGACAGACAAUGGUUAUCUCGACUGUGUCGACGCCGGACGAGAGCGUCGAUGCGUUCCAAUUCAUGAUGGCUCGGCCAUCCCAGGUGCCAACCUCAGAACGAUCAAAUGGGGCGGCGAUGGAGCGUGCUGCUUCCCAAAAUGCUUCACAGUCAUCUUCGACCAAAGCCUCCGUACGCUUGACGCGCAACCGCAGCGGCACCACUGGUCCAUGGGCCCAGUCGCCACUGCUGCUCGACCUCAACCGGGCAGAUCAAACCAAGACGCAGACACAAGACUCUACUGUGUCUCCAGCUUCGACCACGUUCAUUGCCAGCAACUACGCGACGCCUCAGAUCGACGCAUCGCCGGAUGAUCAAGUAAGCAGGGACAUGCAGCACCAAGAUGCCGUCCAAGGUCUCGGAUUGGACCUCAACUAUCCCUCCACUAGUGUAGCGAGUGACGCUCUGCCUGGUGAUUCAACUCACGAUGCCGUCAAAGGCUUUGCUCCGGUCACCACUGACCUACUGCGUCAACUCUCUCGCUACGGUGCUUCUCCUCAUCUGUCGAUCCGAAUGUCGCCCGACGUUGAUGCGCUGCUGCAACACACACAUUCUAGGUCCAAAGAGGUUUUGUUGACACGUGAAAGCCGUCAGAACCUUGCUCAUGGCCUUGGACUCGAGCUUGCGGGCGGUCCGAGUCCUCUCCUGCCGAACGACUGUCGUUCUCCUCGAACCGCAAGCGGCAAAGAGGUUGGCAGCGGCGCUUCAGGCGGCCUGACCACGCUGAUCAAUGGGCCCGUGCAGGCUCAGACUGAUGUGACGGUGCAUCGCGCACAAAUUGCGACCGAUCGAACCCAUGUCUCUUCCCAAAGUAUUGCCUCUUCCAUCUCUGCGUUUGUCUACAAUGCCACCCCUGCUCCUCUGCCCAACAACAGCAACGCAGAACGACUCCUCGACCUGACCGGCAAGUCCAAGACGGGCAGCAUCGGAUGGCGUCGCGGCGCACGUCGAAGCCGAGAAAACAACGCCGCUCAGACUUUGGGACUUGGCAUGCGGCACGACAGCACCGAUGUCAAGUUUGUCAACGUUGACCUCGACGAUGGUGGGCUCGAGACCGAAGUGAUGCUCGAAUCUGACGAAGCGAACAAGAGCACCGAAGGUGCAAAAGCUGGCCAAUGGGUUAGCAAGUUGUGGAGCUCCGUGACAUCUCCCAGACGCACCUCCUUCAACGUUGGGGCUAUUUUAGGCGACCGCAGUGUUGAUCUCGAGCUGGCCAACAACAGUACCGGAGAGCGAAGCGGCGGCAACUCGGAACAGCAAGCGCGAGCAUCAGUCUCCAAGAGCGAGAGGACUGCUUCCCGCGGCUCGUUCCGUCCUCUGUCUUUAGUGGAGAAGCGUCAGAGCAGUGGACGAUCCCAGCUUGAUACCUCGCGACAGAGACUUCGUUCUCCUACUCCGGGCGAAGAAGAUGAGGUGGCAGAGAAGGAUACUCGUGCUGUGGCCCUGCGUUUGCUCAAUGGUUCGCAUCAGAUCCCUGCUCCGGUCGAGGAAGGGCUCAUUGCCGAACGUACUCCCGAGGAGAGCAUGGAUCGUGCCGAUCUCUCAGCCGAGGAGCGCGAGAAGGAACGCAUCGAUGCACUGAAGAGGCUGCGCCGCAUGAGUGCCGCCGAGCGCCAGAAGAAGCGCAAUUCAGGUAUCGGAUACAUCACUUCCAACACAAACGCUGUCGAGUCUCCUCGCUUGGUCUAUGUUACCGACAAGGCCAACGAGGCCUGUGAAUCCCACAACGCAGUCUUGUCGACUCGUCACGGUGGCCUCUCGCGAGCCCCGAGCGUUAACAACAAACGGAUGUCAUUGACCAUGUUUGGUGGCAAGGAGCGUGCCACAGCAACCAAUGAAAUCCCCCUAUCGUCGUCGUCGGCGGCAACAGGUGCUCCAGAACGAGCAUGGCUUGACGCGUUGCGUUCUCCUCGAAUGCAAGAGAGCCCAUCCGGCUUUACGCCUCGUAUGGCCUUCGAGCCGCAAGACUGGGGCGCAAGGUCCAGCUCGCAGCAACAUCAGCAUCUACACGGAGCAAGUCAAGCAAUGGCUGGUCCGUCGUCGACCAACCAUAUUCCACUCAUGCUCUCCAACAACGCCAUUCCGCACCGCCAAACUCCAGCUUCGGCUGCUAACUCGAUCCAAGAGCACGGCCUUACCGUAUCUGCGCUCGACCGAGCAAGCGACGAGAUGCGACGUCUCGCCGCUCAAGGAAUGGCGUUCAGAGGCGACGAGCUUGCACAAGAUAUGGGGGAGAGCUUUCACACGCCCAUGCCCGAUGCGCCCGACACCUGCUGGUCUUAUGCUAGCGGCCGUCUUGAUCACGUACACUACGCCCAGAACGAAAGCAUGGCUGCGCGGCCCACCACCGAACUUGGUGACUUUGGUAUCAGCCCAGAGAAGAAGGAAGCCAAGCUGCACCGGCGCACUCGUUCCGCACGCUUUGCCGAUGACGGCCAUCAGCAUCGCUACGAUCACGAGGACGAAGCACAGCCUACAGUCUCGAUCUUCACCCGUGACCAGCAGCACCGUCACCGUGCUUCGGGUAGUUUCUCCGUGCAGUACAGCUUGCAGGACCAGCCGCCUUCCAUGGAACACGGAAGUCGAACCAAGCGUCGCACAAGUCAGUACGCCGCUGCUGGCGGACAUAGCUUCUUUGCCACCCCGACAUCGCUGCUGGACAGCAACACACCGAGCAAAAACAUGUUCUGGGCGGGCUUCCUCGGCAUGCCCUGGCUAUGGAUGAUUGGUGGCUGGUACCUCACGCCAGAUGGCCAACUUCGACACCCUUCCACCGAUGAUGCACGUGUGCGGAGCAAGGUAGAUGUUUGGCAGCACGAGCCGAGCAUGCAAGCUUCAGCCAACCCGAGUCCCAACAUGGGCGCAAGCUCGACCGCCUUCGGCGGAUUGAGUCACGAUCCAGCUUGGCGAGGCGUGGGUGCCGGAGAAAGCGGUUCCGGACUGGGACUGGCUGGUAUGCCAUCGACAAUGUCUUAUGCUGCUUCGUCAGUUGGCACAAGCAACAGCGCUCAGACGACCAAUGGUGACCCGAACCAGCCACCUCCGAGCAAGACGCGCAAGAGCAAGACACGAAGCCUGGGAACGUUGCUCGACACCAACCCGCAAGUGAGCUUCUAUCAGUCGCCUGUACGCACUGUACAGGAGCCGCAUCCCACGUUUGGAAAUGUGUGGCACCACAACCGCGACAUGAAGCCUUUGCCUGAGGUGGAAGAGCCUCGUCGAAGUCGAAUAUUUGCCGGAUACCCGGCAAACGAGCAUGAGCACGACCACGCAUUUUCGCCCUCGCCCUCGCCUCAGAUGUCUUCGUCGGACGGCACCACCACUGAUGUUUCUGCGGCCGAGCCCAAGCUAGUUGCAGCAGAACCGAGAACGAACAUAGGCUCCCAAGUGGCUGUGGCGACCAAGACGAACGUGGGCAUGGCGUGGAAAGACCUCGAGCGAUACGUGCUGCUUAACCGAGUGGCAGCUAUCUUGUCCGGCGUGUUGGUGUUUGCUGGAUUCACGGGCGCAGUGAUCCGAGGUAGGUACGAAAAGCUCGUUCAGAUUCAACAGCAGCAGCAGCAGCAACGGCAGCAGGUGAUGACUUCAGCAGCAGACAUGAUGGCUUCGCGACGACAGCAGAAGCAGCCCAAGGCGCAUGAUGAUGUUUACGAUGUGGAUGAUGGUGGCAAACGGGAGACGAAGCGCGGUCUGACUUCGUGGGACGCGGUACAAUGGCUUUCGAGCCACGUUUCACCGGGGAGCCCCACCAAGCCACAGGACACGUUGCACUCCGCAGGCUCGCAAGCAGCCGCAAGAAAAGCGACCGCUGCGACCUACACGAGCAACAGAACCGCACUGGUCGCUGAGGCAGUGGCUGCCUUUGCCACCACGUCUACCAUCACCACGACCAGUGUCGGAGGACUCCUGGACUCACUCCUGAACGCGUCCGCCGCCACACUCGCCACCCAAGAAGCGUCAACAUGGCCGCGUGGAGCGGAUGUGGUGCUAUCAACGUACAGCCACCUUGUGCUUGUACGCGCCAUGAUCCGCAUCAUCUUGCGCGUCAUCGUCCUCGUCCGUCUAGCGAGAUUUCGCAACUCAGCCACUCCGAUAUCUGCACUCGUGCUCAACGAGCUUCUGCGCUAG